CGCUCUCUCUCAUUUUCGUGCAGGUCCAGGGGCUUGUCUUCUCUCUCUAGAUGUUCUCUCUCUGCCUCCCAUGGUCUCUCGCAUUUCCAACUUAAAUGUGACCUUUAUUUAUAACAUUGAGCGAUCGAAGCCACCUUCUCUGGGGGAGGUGGCACUGGCGAGAGGUGUGGCACCUCUCUGGGGUAGAAGAUAUACCGAGCGAGAAAGGGAUGGGUCAGGGCAUGAGCUGCGCAGGGAGCCAUGAACAUGGCCUCUUCACUGCGGUACAGCAUGGAGAUAUCACCACUGUCAGAAAUCUCUUGCAGAGAGACCCAACUCUCCUGCACCAGACCACUGUCUACGAUCGCCAUUCAGCUCUUCAUAUAGCCGCUGCUAAUGGCCAGAUCGAGAUUCUUUCUAUGCUGUUAGAGGGAUCUGUUAAUCCUGAUGUUUUGAACCGUCAGAAGCAGACUCCGCUCAUGUUGGCUGCAAUGAACGGAAAGAUCGCCUGUGUGCACAAACUCCUUGAAGUUGGAGCUAAUGUAUUGAAGUUUGAUUCGCUUUACGGUAGAACCUGCCUGCACUACGCAGCCUACUAUGGUCAUUCUUCUUGCCUUGAAGGAAUUCUUUCCGCGGCACAAUCUAGUCCGGUGGCUGUUUCUUGGGGAUUUGCUCGGUUUGUGAAUAUCAGGGAUGGUAGAGGAGCGACGCCGUUGCACUUGGCUGCCCGUCAGAGACGGCCUCAAUGUGUGCGUAUUCUAUUAGACAAUGGAGCUCUUGUCUGUGCUUCAACAGGUGGAUAUGGCUGUCCUGGGAGCACUCCUCUACAUUUAGCUGCCAGAGGGGGAUCUAUGGACUGCAUCCGUGAACUCUUGGCAUGGGGAGCAGAUCGUCUUCAACGGGAUGCUUCAGGGCGGAUACCAUAUUUAGUUGCUCUGAAACACAAGCAUGGCGCAUGUGCAGCGUUGUUAAAUCCUACGUCUGCUGAACCUCUUGUCUGGCCUUCACCUUUGAAGUUCAUCAGUGAACUUAAUCCAGAUGCCAAAGCAUUAUUAGAACGAGCCUUGACGGAUGCAAACAGGGAAAGGGAGAAAAAUAUAUUGAAAGGAAGUGCUUACUCUCUGCCAUCCCCAUCAUAUUCUGAUGAUUGGGUAGAUGACAGUAUCUCCGCGGCCAGUGAGACGGAACUGUGCUGCAUCUGCUUUGAGCAUGUUUGCACAAUUGAAGUCCAGGACUGUGGCCACCAGAUGUGUGCGCAGUGCACUUUAGCCCUCUGUUGCCACAACAAGCCUAACCCUGUCACUACUUGCCUCACUCCACCAGUAUGUCCAUUUUGCCGAAGCACCAUAGCUAGAUUGGUGGCUGUGAAGAUCGAGAGUCACGACGACACAGAUUUAGAAGCUGGGGAUGUGAGUUCUUCAAAGUUAAGCAAGUCAAAGAAAGCCCGAAACUUGAAUGAAGGAGGCAGCAACAGCUUCAAGGGACUAUCAUUCGGAAAGAUGAGCGGACGGAGUUCUGGAAGGAUUGCUGCAGAAAAUGAGUGGGUUGAUAAAGAGUGAGCGAUGGCUCCUGCUCGUGGUGGUUAGUAAUUUCAUAUGGACAAGGUAAAGUAAUCUGCUUAAGAGGCAAGCGUAAACAAAAAGUUGAAGGAGAAUUAAUGGAGAAGCAAAGCGCAUCUUAAUCCAUAUACUAAGUAGUUUUGGGAAAUAAGCAAAGUGAGUUGAAGUUGCAAUUGCAUGUUAAGUGUGGCUGUGGGGGCUUGUCAUGUAAUAUUAUUACUCGAGAAUGAAGAAGCAUCGUCUGCCCGGAUGAUUAAGGGCGUCUAUAAUCUAUGAUGUACGUAAAUUGUGUAAAGUGAGUAAUUCUUUUUCUCGAAAGUAGAAUGGAAGAUUAUUUUGGUGUCGGCUUCAUUUUGAGGAUGUCAGAGCAGUCUUCUCGGGGAAGAGUCAGGGUCACUAGGGUACAUAGGAUGUAGUUUGAUCUUCUUUCCCCACCGAACAUUUUUAUAUUUUCAUGAAGGAGAGGAUGAUUGCCCUUCUGAAAUGUAUAAUGAAGGUGCUUUAAAUUUAUCUAUUGUACCAGAUUGAGGAAUAAAAUACGGUAGAGAAAGAACUGGCUUGCUGUUGCUCGGCA